CAGAUAAGUACUGCUGUGCAUAGGAUAGCAUAGCAGAGGAUAGCAUAGCAGAGGGGGAGAGGAGAGGAGACCACGUGUCUGUCCGUUUGAAUCAGUCAGCUGCCAUGGGAUUGAUCAAUACGAUCGAUAUGCACACACACCCCUACACACAAGUGGACACCAAAACGGCCGACACUCACUCGGGUAAGUCUAUACGCACCCGCACACACGAGCCACGUACUGACACAAAACACGCACGAGUCACGAGCAGUGGAUGACCGAUCGCUCAGGGCUGCCUACCCACUCCUACACACCAUGCAGAGACACUGACAGAGAGAGAUAGCUAGACAUCAAGAAAGAGGAGGGAGGCUCGCUAGCAUUGAGACAGGUCAAACCACACCGCCCGCAAACACCGGCACGCCGCAGCCACCAGUCAGUGUGUCGGGUAUGCAAUCGAUCAGUCAGUCAGUCAGUCAGUCAGCACGAGGAGCACCUACCUGGCAAUCCAUUCAUCAGUCGAGUCGUCCAAUCCACACAUCCAAUCCACCAUUCGAGAGCCCUGAGGUGCUUUGACCUCAGCGCCACAAACACCCACCCAUCCGUCCACCAUCUAGUCCUCCGCCGCGGCGGCCACCGCCAGGAUGUCCUCGUCCAACUCCACCUGCUCCUUGUCCAGCGCAUCAGGCAGGAACGCGUUGAUGAUAUCAAUCAGGUUCUCCUCGAACGAGAAGAUCAGCAAGUCCAGCGCCGUCUCGCCAAUGUCAAUGUGCUUCUGCGUCUGCUCCGUGAGGAACGACGCCACAUUCUCGGGCGCCCACGCGUUGGCGAUGAUGCCGACUGGGCCGGGGCCGGGCUGGAUGGGGACCAGCUCCUUGAACUUUGCCCUGUCCUGGGGGAUGAGGGUCUCGUUGAUGGCCUUGACAAAAUUAUCGAUGGGGAACUUGCUGAGAGGCUUGAUGUCCACGCCAUACACAGGGGACACUUUGUCAUCGCCAUCCUCGUUGGGGAACUUCUCGGCGAGGUCCUCGGUGAGCUUCUCGAGGCGGUAGUUGUUGAGGUUGACCAGCUCCAGCCCCGCCGACACCGUGCCAGCCGUGUCGCUCACAUGCUCCAAUGCGCUGUCGAUGAUCUUCUCGGGGUGCAGUGACUCAAGCGUCUUGUCCACUGCCGCACCGACAGCCUUCGUGGCGACAACAUCGACAGCCCCAAGAGCGCCCUUAGCAACGUCGCCGGCGGCGGCGACCUUGCCAGCCGUGUCGCUCACAUGCUCCAAUGCGCCGUCGAUGAUCUUCUCGGGGUGCAGUGACUCAAGCGUCUUGUCCACUGCCGCACCGACAGCCUUCGUGGCGACAACAUCGACAGCCCCAAGAGCGCCCUUAGCAACGUCGCCGGCGGCGGCGACCUUGCCAGCCGUGUCGCUCACAUGCUCCAAUGCGCCGUCGAUGACCUUCUCGGGGUUCAGUGACUUAAGCGUGGUGUCCACUGCCGCACCGACAGUGGCGACACCAUCGACAGCCUUGCCGGCGGCAUCGAGGAAGUCAGCGACCUCACAUUGCGCCACCAGCAAGGCACUGGCGACGACGAGCAGCGUCAGCGCCGCACGGGCCAUCGCUGAAGAAAGAGAUAAAUGAAUCGAUGUGGCGAAGUCGGCGCAGGAGGGGAAGGCUCGCGCUCCUGCGGCGUCAGGGAUGGUCAACAACGUCGUCUUCCUGGCGUUUUGCCGCCUUCCG